AUGAAAUUCAUUUAUAGAUUAUUAAUUAAUUUAAUUUUUUGUCUUUUAAUUGCUUUAAUUCGUGUACAUACCAAUGGUGAUGAUGAUAUUUCUGCCAUGAAUAUGCUUGCUAUUGAUGAAAAAGAAUCAAUGAAAUGCUCAACACCACAAUGUUCGGAUCUAAAACCAGAUUGUUUUAAAUGUCAUUUUAAUUAUUCUUGUGUUUAUGGUACCCAACAGAACACUACCUGUAUAGUGUUGAAUGAUUCAAAUUGUUUGGAUUAUGAUAAACCAUUUACGAAAACAUACCAUUGUUCAUUCUGUUAUCAAUUACCACCGGAUCUUUAUCAAUGUCGGCCACAAUUUCCAUGUCAAUUGAAUACACGUAUAAAAACAAUGUGUACAGUUCGUGAUGAUGUACUUUGUUUAGGUCAUAGAAAAUUUUAUAAAUUCACUAGAUGUGAAUAUCAAUCUGGCUAUAAAUGGUCAACGGCUUUAAUGUUAAGCAUUACACUUGGUGGCUUUGGUGUGGAUCGUUUCUAUCUUGGUAAUUGGCAAGAAGGCAUUGGUAAAUUGUUUAGUUUUGGUGGCCUCGGCAUAUGGACAUUGAUCGAUGUUAUUCUUAUUGCCACUGGUUAUCUUAAACCAAAUGAUGGUUCAAUUUAUGUAUGAACAAAAAAACCAAAACAAAACAAUCAGUCUUUCAGUUUUUAACACGAAUAUUUUCUGUAAAUAUCAAUCAAUCAAUUGUAUUUUUAUUAAUAUAU